AUGGCGCCAAAGCGCAACACUAAGCAAUCGGCAGGCCUGACCCAGCCUACCCUCUCGUUCCACACACAGCUCCGCUCCAGCAAGAGUGCCAAGGCUGCAGCUAAGGGCAAGGGCCUACGCAAGACGGAGACCCAGUCCCUGUCAGCGGAUGACGUCAAGGACGAGCUGCCAAAGUCGAAGAAGAAGGUGACACCGCCCGAGCCCAAGAAGGAGCAGCGGCCAGUCCUAGACCCCAAUGGGAAAGAGUGGAAUGCGCUGUGGAAGGAGGCCAUGGUCGAGAUGGGUGGGAUGCCCCCAAUCCAUGGCGAGAAGGACAACAAGGUGCAGAACAUCCUGCGCGUGUUCGACAUGACCUCCAAAUAUGGGCCACACGUCGGUAUCACUCGGCUCGAGCGCUGGGAGCGUGCGAAGAAGUGGGGCCUGCAACCACCCGAGGGGAUCAAGCAAAUCCUCCUGACCCAACAGGGCGAGGACGACGCCGUGUACCGGGAGAGUGUCAUUUAUGGAUGGUUGUGA